CGGCCGGCACUGUGACGGCACAAAGUCCAUCCAGAGCAGACGAGGCCGGAGGAUGUGGAGGCAGCUUCUGGACAAUGGCAGGGAGGCCCUCAGCACUCACUGGCCUCGCAGUCUUCUGGUCCCGGCCGCUGCUGUCGGUGUGGGGGGCGCACUGCUCUGCUGGAAGCUGCAUGGCAAGAAAGUGAAGUCCCUUGAGCUGGGAGAAGGAUGGUGGGGCCCGGGGGAGAGGCCCCACUUACUGAGUGAGGACACCAGCAUUAGGCCGUUCAUCAUCGAGGCCUCCGAAGCUGAUAUUGAGGACCUCCAUGAACGUCUCGAUCACACACGGUUCCACUCACCACUGGAGGACUCCAGAUUCCACUACGGUUUCAACUCCACCCAGCUGAAAAAAGUCGUUUCGUACUGGAGGAACGAGUUCGACUGGAAGAAGCAAGUGAAAAUCCUCAACACAUAUCCUCAUUAUAAGACCACCAUAGAAGGUCUGGAGGUGCACUUCAUCCAUGUGAAGCCCCCACAGCUGUCCUCCAGGCAGAAGGUUCGCCCAGUGCUGAUGGUCCAUGGUUGGCCAGGAUCCGUAUAUGAGUUUUAUCACAUAAUCCCGCUCCUGACAGACCCCGGGAAGCACGGCUUGGACCCCAAUGUUGUUUUUGAAGUCAUCUGUCCAUCUAUCCCAGGGUAUGGCUUCUCAGAGGCAUCACACAAGAAAGGAUUCACGGCCUUUGCUGCGGCCCGGAUAUUUUACAAAUUGAUGCUUCGACUGGGGUUCAAGGAGUUUUACCUACAAGGAGGAGAUUGGGGCAGCAGAAUUACCACUCUUCUGUCUCAGAUGAAGCCGGAGUCAGUGAAAGGCCUCCACCUCAAUUUCUUGGUUCUCCCAUCUGGAGGACUAGGGAGGCUGAAAUCCCUGAUUAUUGGCCGCUACGCUCCCUGGCUGGUGGGUUUAACGCGGGAAGACGCAAGGCGUAUAUAUCCAUACAUGGAGAAGAACGUGUUUGCCAUUCUCCUGGAGAGUGGGUACCUCCACAUACAGGCCACCAAACCAGACACUGUUGGUUCUGCUCUGAACGACUCUCCAGCUGGACUUGCAGCCUACAUUCUGGAGAAGUUUUCUACUUGGACAAACAAUGAGUUUCGUGAUCUAGAAGAUGGUGGCCUGAACAGGAAAUUCUCCCUUGAUGAUCUCCUGACCAAUGUGAUGAUCUACUGGAUCACUGGAUCAAUCGCGUCUUCCAUGAGGUUCUACAAGGAGAACUUCCCACGGAAUUAUAACAGCACCCCGGACACCAAGAUCGGGGUUUAUGUGCCUACUGGUAUCGCUGCUUUCCCGUGUGAGCUGGUCCACUCCCCUCGGGUUUGGGCAAAGGAGAAGUUCAGGAACAUUGUCACCUACACAUUUAUGCCCCGCGGAGGGCACUUUGCUGCCUUUGAAGAGCCAGAAAUUCUCGCCCGCGACAUCCAGAACUUUGUGUUGAAAGUGGAGAAGCUGUAAAAUGGGGAGGGGCAUUAGUGUAACUUUAGAGUUUUACAUGGUAGAGUCAUGGUGAAGGAUGAUGUACUUAAUGAUGAUGCUGCUGCUUUAAGAUAUAGACAAUCCUAGGUUAUACACUAUAUUUCCAAAAGUAUUGGGACACCUGCCUUUACACGCACACAAACUUUCCUGGCAUCCCAGUCUUAGUCUGUAGGGCGCAAUAUUGAGUUGGGCCACUCUUUACAGCUAUAAAAGCUUCAACUCUUCUGGGAAAGCCGUCCACAAGGUUUAGGAGUGUGUCUAUGGGAAUGUUUGACCGUUCUUCCAGAAGAGCAUUUGUGCUUUUGGUAAUAUAGUGUAUGGUCCUUAACAUCAGCCUGUCUGCGUGUUGCUGGAUGCGGCUGAGCUUGAUUUCCAGCACAAUUAAUCUGCUACUGCAUUGCCUUUAUUAAAAGAUUAUCUUCCAA